AUGACCGUGUCCCACCCAUGCGGCGAUGCAACUUCACUUCGACGCAGCAUCGACGAACAUCGCAAACAUACAGUCUGUCCACAUAUUGGCAUGCGACAAGGAUCGCCUGAAUUCGCUCCUGCUCAACUUGCCGAACUCGCACCAAGCCCCACCAGCGAGUUCCGAGUAUGCGAAGGAGCAUUCGGCUCAUGUCCCUUCUGCCUGACAGACUACCGCAUCGACAUAUCAUGGCAGGGCGAGAAGAAGGGAUACGCCAUCAAGUUAUUAUUCGGCAGACUAUGGACCCGGUUAUGUUAG